AUGGCUUCUGUACGACAAUUUCCCACCAUCAAGGCCGUCCGGUCCUUUGUCAUCCACGGCGUCGGCACAGGUGGUGACUACCACAACGUCAAGGGCGGCCACUGGCUGAUCGACACGCCCAUCUCAACGCCGGCAUCACGAUGGGAAAAGUACCGGGCCUCGCGGACGAGCUGGGGCAUCAACGUGCUGGGCUCGUUUCUGGUAGAGAUUGAGACGAGCGACGGGACAGUGGGCUUUGCGACGGGCUUUGGCGGACCACCGGCGUGCUGGCUGGUGCACCAGCACUUUGAACGGUUCCUGAUCGGAGCAGACCCGCGCAACACCAAUCUGCUGUUCGAGCAGAUGUACCGGGCGUCGAUGUUUUACGGACGCAAGGGCCUGCCGGUGGCGGUGAUUUCGGUGCUCGACCUGGCACUAUGGGACCUGUUGGGCAAGCUGCGCAACGAGCCUGUGUACCGGCUGAUUGGCGGGGCGACCAAGGAGCGCAUCGACUUUUAUUGCACGGGCCCGGACCCGGUGGCAGCACGGUCGAUGGGCUUCUGGGGUGCCAAGGUGCCGCUGCCGUAUUGCCCGGAUGAAGGUGCGGCUGGGCUGCGCAAGAACGUGGAGUUUCUGCGCAAGCAUCGGGAGGCGGUCGGGCCCGACUUUCCCAUCAUGGUGGACUGCUACAUGUCGCUCAACGUGCCGUACACGAUCGAGAUUGUCGAGGCGACCAAGGACCUCAAUCUCAACUGGUGGGAGGAGUGUCUCUCGCCCGACGACACGGACGGCUUCGCCCAGAUCAAGCGGGCACACCCUGGGAUGAAGUUCACGACGGGCGAGCACGAGUACUCGCGCUACGGCUUCCGCAAGCUGGUCGAGGGCCGCAACCUCGACAUCAUCCAGCCUGACGUCAUGUGGCUCGGCGGCCUGACGGAGCUGCUGCGCGUCAGCGCCCUGGCGGCAGCCUACGACAUUCCGGUUGUGCCGCAUGCCAGCGGACCCUACAGCUACCAUUUUGUCAUCUCGCAGCCGAACACGCCUUUCCAGGAGUAUCUGGCCAACUCGCCCGACGGCAAGAGUGUGCUGCCUGUCUUUGGCGAUCUCUUUGUCAACGAGCCGAUUCCCACCGAGGGCUUUCUCACGACGGCCGAUCUGGACCAGCCUGGCUUCGGCCUGGUGCUUAACCCAGCUGCCAGACACAAGUUGAUCCCAUCGGCGUAUCUGCUGACGCCACCAGUGCCGCGGCCUUUAAGCACGGAGGAGGAGUGA